CUGAAAUGUGCACCGCUUCAUUCCAUUUGGUCAGGGCUGUCAACGUUCUUUUCAAAAGUGACUUUGUCAGGUGUGCUCAUCUUCCAAGUUUCCGCCGCAAAUUAAUACACAAUGGAAAACGACUCCGGUGAAUUCGUUGACUUGUAUUGCCCACGAAAAUGCUCUGCCAGCAACCGCAUCAUUCACGCUAAGGAUCACGCAUCCGUGCAAUUGAAUAUUGCCGAUGUGAACCCGGAAACUGGCCGCAUGUCAGGAACCUCGAAGGUGUACGCCAUCUGCGGCGCCAUCCGCCGUAUGGGAGAGUCUGACGAUUGCAUCGCUCGUCUCGCCAAGAAAGAUGGACUUUUAUCCAAGAACUAUUAAACGCUCUGGAUUCGACUUCUGUUCGGACCGAUAAGUUAACGCUUUUAAUUUUCUAUGGAUUUAAGUAAAUAAAAAAACUCAAAAACAA